AUUCCACCAUGGUGCAUACUGGGUUUUUAUGACAAUACGCAGGAUCACCGGUGGGACUAGAUUCGAUUGGUUGAUAUCCAAAGUGGUCUGCAACGUUCGCACGUGUUUAAAGAAUUGUUUAAAGGCCUGAAUGAGGUGAAGGAUCAAAAAAGUUUCAACAAACCUCGAUGGACGCACUUAAAGAGAUAUCAGAAUUCUUGGAUUUCAGAGCUCGCCUGGAUUUAAAAUCUAUUGCCCUACAGCAUGUGCUAAGUGUCACGGGCAGUAAUGAUGGGAUCGAAGUACUGUUGAGUCUCCCAGAGGUAUUGCGACAGCUCAUUCUACUUGUACAGGAUAAAUCAACCUCAGUUUGCAAGGAUGCAACGCUUUCACUUGUCAAUUUAUCUGCUAGUGAAGGAGGUGCAAGCGCCUUGCUAGUCAUAUCGGAAACAUCAAAGAUAAGCUCAGAUGAAACACCAAGUGAUAAUCUGGUACACGUCUGCCUCAGAUGUAUCUUAGAUAAGGAAAAUCAGUUGGCUGAUCCAUGCUGUAUGAUUCUCUCUAACUUGUCCCGAGCCCACUCUUCAACAGAACGAAUUGUCUCGCUAAUUGAACAUAGCGGGUAUAGCUGGGACAAAAUUGUUUCCGCAUUCACGUCACAGAAAUACAAUAAUAAAGGAGCUACGCUGCAUUACCUUGGCCCUCUUUUCAGUAACCUCAGCCAAUCAACUAAUGUGCGACGAUAUUUGAUGGACAAACAUCAUUGCGUGAUUCAAAGACUUCUUCCAUUCACAGAGUAUCGUGAAAGUAUGGUGAGAAGAGGUGGUAUUGUAGGCACUCUGAAAAAUUGUUGCUUUGAUACAGAAUACCAUCAAUGGUUAUUAAGCUCUGAGGUAGACAUUUUACCGAGACUUCUUCUGCCACUUGCUGGUCCUGAAGAAUUUGAUGACGAAGAUAAUGACAAGCUACCAAUGGAACUACAGUACUUACCUGAAGAUAAAACAAGGGAUUCUGAUCCUGACAUCAGAACUAUGCUCCUUGAGGCUUUACUACAGCUAUGUGCUACAAAAGAAGGUCGUCAAAUAUUGAGGGAUAAAAACGCUUAUGUCAUUCUGAGAGAAUUCCAUAAGUGGGAAAAGGAUAGAGCCGUUCUGCUAGCUUGCGAAAACGUCAUAGAUAUUUUAAUAAAAAAAGAGGAAGAAAUCGGAGUGGAUAGUUUAAAAGGAGUGAAUGUGCCAGCAGAAUAUGGGGAAAAAUUCAAAAAAAUGGACGAAGAUUUUCUCAACGAAUCAUAACAUAUUUUGAAUUAUAUCUGAUAAUAAAAAAUUUCUAAUGCUU